AUGGGUUUCGAAGUCGAACCCUACGUCAUCGAUCAAAGGUCAGAGAAGCUUUCGCAUAUGCCAAGGAAAGCAAAAGUAGAUCUUUUUGCGAAGCCCUUGGAGGAAAGAGAUGAUGUUCUUCGAUUUCCUCGCGAGAAAAGAAGUCACUGGGCAACCCUUGCCCGCGAUCGGAACAAGUGGAAACAUAACAAGUGGAAACAUAAGUGGUGUCCGCUCGAGCAAAUCGAUCAAAGACGGAAGCAUAGCGGUGAUGCUGAUGAGAGCAAAGAAGGUGGCUGCGCGAUAGCUGUGAGGAACGAUUACAACAAGCUGGUGGAGGAAUUUGGCUCAAUGUCGCCUAGAUGCACCAUUCUACGAUUGCGGGAUCGCAGAGGACGUAAAUUCUGGAUCGUAAGUGCUCACACACCUACCAAAACCGCUGUGGACAACAGAAAGAACGCCUUCUGUGAUGAACUCAAUGCGUUUAAGUGUAAAAUACAAAUCCAGCAGGUAGUCAUUGUCGGAAUCGACGCAAAUGCGAAAAUGGAACUCGAACAGCAAUCCGAUGUGCUAGGAAAAUGGCAUUAUCCAGUAGAGUGCACGUCGGACAACGGUGUCCGUCUGGUCGACUUGUGCGAACAGACGGACCUCAUCAUCGCUUCCACGUUUAAGAGGAAUCAUCGAGCUUCAGCUCACGUGCUUGACUAUGUUCUGGCGAGGAACAUUCCUAAGUCAGAUAUCCGAGAAUCUAGAGCUGUUUGGGACGUCGCGUUCGACACUGACCACCGUCCAGUUCUUCUCAGCUUCAAGAUACGGUUCCACAAAAGAAACCGAGGAGUUCCUCUUCAACUGACAAUCGACAUGGUUGGUCUGAAAGAUGAAGAUGAAGUAUACAGAACGAAUUUCCGCCAAAAUGUGUCUAUUCAUAUUGGAGUACGGACCAGGAAGAGGCUUAGCGAUGCUGAUUCCUUCACAAAGUGCAUCCAGGACGCUGCAAAGGAAGCGCUCCCGGUUCUAUUGCCGCGGAAGAAGUUUGCUUUUGUAUCUGCGGAAACAAAUCCCACCUACAAUUCUGUACAUGUCGCGCGCAGCACUGGUGACUUGAACCAGGAAAGACGUCUUAGAAGGAAGUUGCGUCGUCAACUGCAAUAA